AUGCUUCCAAGAUUGUUUCUUGCCUCUCUAUUAGGGGUCGUAAGUGGUAGCACAAUUUCCACCCAAGAAAACGACACUGUUAAGUACCUUGAAUCGCUUCCGAGCUUGAGCUCGGGAGCAGAUUGCGCCUGUAUCAAGCUGUCGGCCAAGUUUGAGGACUUGCUUCUGGGCAUGAACUCGAGUGAUUACACAACCCAGGCUGAAGACUACUACGAUAUCCGCGCAGUCCUCCAGCCGAGAUGUAUCUUCAUGCCUACAACUUCCGAUCAGGUCGCCUCGGGAAUGUCUAUUAUCGCAUCUUGUGGGACGCAAUUUGCCAUCCGUGCGGGAGGCCACAUGAAUUUUCCAGGCUCCAAUGACAUUGACGGUGGCGUUUUGCUGGCGCUUAAUGGCUUGACUGAUAUUCAGAUCAGCCCUGACAACUUGACCGUCGCGGUCGGCCCCGGCAACCGCUGGGUAGACGUGUACGAAGCCCUUGCACCUUACGAUCUGUACUGUAUUGGAGGUCGUAUGAAGACUAUCGGGGUGUCUGGACUUUCGCUGAUUGGAGGAUUUCACUACUUGACCAAAAAGUAUGGGUUUGCCAUGGACAACAUCGUGAGUUACGAUGUUGUCCUCGGUAAUGGGACAUUGGUGGUGGCGAACGCAACUUACCACGCAGAUCUCUUCUGGGCACUCAAGGGUGGUGCGAAUAACUUUGGAGUCGUUACGAGAUUUGAGAUCAAGACUCUACCAAUCCCCGAAAUUAGCACCACCCUACAAGUCUUCGAUGAAUCUGUGGUCCGAGAGUUCAUUAAUGCCACAGUUGAUUUGGCAAGUAACCAGAACCCCGACGUUGGCGCAGGGUCCAUUAUCUCCAUAACGUACAAUACCACCACGAGGGGCAUCUCCGCCGUCCUACGAGGUGUACAAGAGGGCACCGAGUCACCACCGUCGAGCUUUCAGAAGUUCUCAGACCUUCCGUCUAUUUUGACUCAGAAUGUGGUCCAACGGCCCAUCGACUGGCAUGCUCAGCUGGACAGUCCCUUCCAAAUGUUCCGGAUUCAGUUUGGUCACAAGACUAUAAGAGCUGACGCGGACCAGCUCUACCACAUUUAUGAGGCUUGGAGAGCAGCCGUUGAGGACAUCAGUGAUGUGGAAGGUCUAAUCCCGACGCUCGUCCUGAACACCAUGGCGCCCAGUGCCAUGAGUGUAGCCAAAAUCAACGGCAUUGGGAACCUUUGGGGAUUGGACGACAAUGAGGCAUUGAUCAUUUGGCAAACUUCCACUGCUUGGGACAGCGAGAAGAGUGACUUGCGUGUGACGAAUUUCGCUCGUGGAGUGCUCGAUGAUCUGCACGCUGAGAACCAGGCCAAAGGCGUCGCAUCAGAGUUCAUGUACAUGGGGGAUGCUGCGGAGUUUCAAAACCCCUUUCUCGGGAUUCCCACGGAGAACCUCGAGAGGAUGAAAAAUGUUCGGGCUCUUUAUGAUCCUCUAGAUGUCUUCACCAGACAAAACUGGGGUGGUUUCAAACUUCCGAGGACUUGA